CCUCCUUUGUGUUUGUGUGUGUGUCUUUGUUUUCUGGCUUUCCAAACACUCUCAGUCAGUGAAGGGAAGAAGUUAAUGGAGGGAAAGUGCUGAAGAUAAACUGAAACAGCAUAAUUAAACUUUAAUAAUGAAGAAGGCUUACCUACCUUUCAGCGGUUGGCCUUUCUCUUUCCUAGAUCUCACCUGUGAACCAUCAGAGGGCUUCUUUCUACUUAUCUGAAAAUCAGAAAGUGCUUCUCUUCAUCUCUCUCUCUCUCUCUCUCCCACGGACAAAGGAAUCUUAGGAAAAAACAGAAUAUUUUAUGGAGUAGAUUGGUGAUAAAAAGUUAUAGUUGUCGACCUUUUUGCAGGUUCUCAGUAGUAACUACUAGUUUUCAUCGAUAUAUAAAAGAAAUGUCUAUGGCUUAAACUCUACUGGGAUCCUUCAAUUUCCCAUUUCUCUCUCUCUCUCUCUCUCUCUCUCUCUCUCUUCUUGUUGGGUUCAAUACGAUGCCGUCCACAUACUUUCCUCUAAGGUGGGAGAGCACCGGAGAGCAAUGGUGGUACGCUUCUCCCAUAGAUUGGGCCGCCGCCAAUGGCCACUACGAUCUGGUCCGGGAGCUGCUCCACCUCGACGCCAAUCUGCUCAUCAAGCUCACCUCUCUCCGGCGAAUUCGCCGCCUCGAAACCGUCUGGGACGACGAAUCACAGUUCAAUGACGCGGCCAAAUGCCGAUCCCAGGUGGCCCAAAAGCUGCUCGUUGAUUGUGAAUCAAACAGAGGCCACAAUUCCUUGAUCAGAGCCGGCUAUGGCGGCUGGCUUCUCUACACUGCUGCCUCUGCUGGGGAUUUGGGAUUUGUCAAGGAAUUGCUGGUGACAGACCCUCUUCUUGUGUUCGGGGAAGGAGAGUAUGGCGUUACUGAUAUACUCUAUGCUGCUGCUAGAAGCAAUAAUUCUGAGGUUUUCAGGCUCCUGCUCGAUGUCUCGGUUUCACAGAGUGUUGGUGGAGAAGUAGGGAGACAGCCAGAGGAAGUUUCAUCAGUGUUUAGGUGGGAGAUGAUGAACCGGGCGGUUCAUGCCGCGGCUAGGGGAGGCAGCGUGGAGAUUCUCAGAAAACUUCUUGGAGAUUGCUCGGAUGUUUUGAUUUACAGAGAUGGUCAGGGAUCUACCAUAUUGCAUUCUGCCUCUGGAAGAGGGCAGACUGAGGUAGUGAAAGACCUAAUAGCAUCCUAUGAUAUCAUCGCAUGUACAGAUAAGCAGGGGAACACAGCUUUAAAUAUAGCUGCUUACAGGUGUUACUUGGCUGUGGUAGAGGUUCUAAUUCUGGCAUCUCACUCAAUCACGGCCUUAAGAAACAACAAUGGAGACACUUUUCUUCAUAUGGCAGUGGCUGGUUUCCGAAGCCCUGGUUUCCGCAGACUGGACCGUCAGAUUGAGCUCAUGAAGCAGUUGGUCUGUGGAAAGCUUGUGAAUCUUCAGGAUGUCAUCAAUGUCAGGAACAAUGAUGGACGAACGGCCUUUCACAUGGCUAUAAUUGAGAACAUUCAGUCUGAAGUGAUGGAACUCCUCAUGACUGUACCUUCAAUUAAUUUGAACAUUUGUGAUGCCAAUGGCAUGACUGCACUUGAUCUCCUCAAGCAAAGGCCACGGUCAGCUGUUUCUGAAAUUCUGAUCAAGCGAUUGAUGUCAGCCGGGGGGACUUGUAACUGUCAGGAUUACGUGGCAAGAAGUGCGUUUGUUUCCCAUAUGAAGGUGCAUGGUAUUGGAGGCAGCCCUGGAACUUCUUUCAGAAUCCCUGACGCAGAAAUAUUCCUAUACACCGGUAUAGAGAAUGCAUCUGGGCCCAAUCUUGAUCCUGCAACCACAGAAUACAGUUCUUUCUCAAGUGAGCUUAGUAACUUGAACUCUCCUGCCAUGUGUAAGUCACUGGACAACAGGAAAUCGAGCUCGAUAAAUAAUGCUGCAAGGAAGCUGAAGAUUCUCCUUCGGUGGCCAAGGAAAGAAAGAAAAGCUGAUCUCAGUAAGCCCGGGGAUGACGAUUCUUUAGCAUCAUACAGUGUUUCUGGAAACUUGGAAGAUAGUCCAAUCUCUCUUCGACAGAGAUUCUCCAAGAACAUGUCCCUACCAAACAACAGAAGGAUACUGUGUGUCAGAAACAGUCUUCCAAGUCCAUCCACCAAAAAGAAGUUUGCUGCACGGUUAAUGCAUGGUGUCAUUCAGGCAGUGCCACAGUUAGAUGUCCAAUCACCUUUAAGUCCUUUCUCAGAAUCAUCCAGGUCCCCAGCUCUCUCAAUUGAUAAACAGAAUGAAAUUGAAGAAUCCCCUAGCUCAAGUUGCUCUUUCAAUGGCGAGAAGUUUCCAAGCAAACGAUCCCCCUUUAAUAAGAAGUUGAUGAAUCAGUAUUUCUGUUUUGGUGCACAAGGCCUCGUUGUUGAAGAUUCAGUUACCUGCACCCAUCCGCAUCUGAGUGACAAACAUUCCAGUUCUUGAAUGGCUUGAUCCGGCUGUCAUAGUGAGUUGGAAUUUUGUGAAUUACUUGGGCACGGCAUAAUUUUUAUUUUUGAGCUCUUUAAUUGUCUCUUAGCUGUCCUGGAAUUGUCUUCCAUUUUAUGGCUCAUUUGGUUUAUAUUUGCAUAUGUGCUCCGUGUAUAGUCUUAAAAACGUUCAAGGAACUCCUUUACCACCAUGUCUUCUGUUUUGACAUUUGAUCCAUAGACGUAGUUUAUGCAUGUUCAAAUAGGCUAUAGUUGAAAGUUUCGACAAAGCUUGAUCCAAAUAACUUGCAUGAGCGUCCAAAUGACCUUGCAAAUGGUGCACCUCUCGAAGAACUUCCAGAGUCAAAGCCAACGACCCCUGCUAAAGGUGCUCGGCUUAGUUCCAUAUCAGGUAGAAAUCUGGGUACAAUUCUACUUGUAAUGACCUGCUUUAGUUAUGAUCCACGUUUGGUUUUCUUUCUUUCUUUCUCUUGAUCUGUUGGCUUUCUUUUGUAAAGACUUGCUUUUUCCUGUGACAAAAUUAACACCAAAGCUGCA